AUGGCGGCGGCUGCGGCUACACGAGCAGUUCCUGUGAGCUCAGGAUUCCGGGGCCUGCAGCGAACGUUGCCACUUGUAGUGAUUCUCGGGGCCACUGGCACUGGCAAGUCCACCCUGGCUGUGCAGCUAGGCCAGAGGCUCGGCGGCGAGAUCGUCAGCGCAGACUCCAUGCAGGUCUACGAAGGGCUAGACAUCAUCACCAAUAAGGUCUCUGCCCAGGAGCAGAAGAUGUGCCAGCACCACAUGAUCAGCUUUGUGGACCCCCUUGUGACCAGCUACACCGUGGUGGACUUCAGGAACAGAGCAACUGCCCUGAUUGAAGAUAUUUUUGCUCGAGACAAAAUUCCUAUUGUUGUGGGAGGAACCAAUUAUUACAUUGAGUCUCUGCUCUGGAAAGUUCUUGUGAAUACCAAGCGCCCGGAGAUGGGCACCGGGAAAGCGGCUGACCGGAAAAUGGAGCUGGAGAAGGAGGACAGCCAUGAACUCCAUAAGCGGCUCAGCCAGGUAGACCCAGAGAUGGCUGCCAAGCUACACCCACAUGACAAACGCAAAGUGGCCAGGAGCUUGCAAGUGUUUGAAGAAACAGGAAUCUCUCACAGUGAAUUUCUUCAUCGUCAACAUGCAGAAGAAGGCGGUGGUCCUCUCGGAGGCCCUCUCAAGUUCCCUAACCCAUGCAUCCUCUGGCUUCACGCUGACCAGACAGUUCUAGAUGAGCGCUUGGACAAGAGAGUGGAUGCCAUGCUCGCUGCCGGACUCCUGGAGGAGCUGAGAGAUUUUCACAGGCGCUAUAAUCUUAAGAACAUUUCAGAAAAUAGCCAGGACUAUCAACAUGGUAUCUUCCAGUCAAUUGGCUUCAAGGAAUUUCACGAGUACCUGAUCACUGAGGGAAAAUGCACACCAGAGACUAGUAACCAGCUUCUAAAGAAAGGUAUCGAGGCUCUGAAACAAGUAACUAAGAGAUACGCCCGGAAGCAAAACCGAUGGGUUAAAAACCGAUUUUUGAGCAGACCUGGUCCCAGUGUACCCCCAGUAUAUGGCUUAGAAGUAUCUGAUGUUUCAAAGUGGGAAGAGUCUGUUCUGGAACCUGCUGUCAAUAUAGUACAGAGUUUCAUCCAGGGUCACAAACCUACAGCCACGCCAAUGAAGAUGGCGUAUGAUGAAACUGAGAACAAGAGAAGUUACCACAUGUGUGACCUGUGUGACCGGAUCAUCAUCGGGGACCGGGAAUGGGCAGCACAUAUAAAAUCCAAAUCUCACUUGCACCGAUUGAAGAAAAGAAGAAAGUUGAACUCAGAUGCUGUCCCUCCCAUAGAAACCCAAAGUAGUUCCCCAGACUGUGACCCGGAACCUAAAGAGGGGAAGUCCCCAGGGCAGCAUGAGCAAGAGCUGAAAGCCAGGGUUUGAGAGACGUGCCUGGUGGCCUUUGCAGAGAUGUGGCGAUCAAGUGCAGGAGGGAGGGGAGUGUUGGUGUCCCGUGCCUGGCCGGAGGAGGGCUGGGCAGAGGCCCCUCUAUCUUCUAUUCUGUGGUGUGGCCUGCAGUGGGAGCAGCAGGCCUUUCAGCCCUUGUGUGGCUGUUGUGUCUGGUAGUGAUGUAGUGCAGGGUGCAAUUUUUUUUUUCUUUGAACCUUAAAGGUUUUAUUUUAGAAAGAGGCACAGAUUGCACAUUUUCUACUUGAGGAUCUUUUUUAGUGGUGAAUACCAAGAUUCAGUACAUCCUUUAAAAGAGAGUUCUUGUCCCGGGUACUGGCUAAAAAUAUCUCACUUCCAGAUGCUUUUGUCAAUGACUGAAGUAUUGUAAGGCACAGACAGUCAGGAGUUCUGGAUGUGAGAGAACGGCAGGAAGGAGCAGCCCAGAGAGACGAUGAGGCGAGCUGUCCCAGCUCUGAAUCUCAGAAGACGGAGGGGUCAGGCGGAGGUGGUUGUGACCCGGGUCUUGAAGACUAAAGAAAGAUCUGAGUCUGCUGAGUUAGCUGCUCCCGUGCAGAAUGGCUGGCGCUGCUGUCUUUCUAGGGCAGAAAGCUAUACGUUCUUUUGAAAUGUAAAUAAAAAGGUUUGCAAAAGCCCUCUAGUUUAUUCACAGUGUGCCCUGUUGUCAGUGUGGCAGCUCUUUCUCCAACUCUGCUCUCAGCAUAGAUACGGCAUAUACCCAGCACUCCCGCUCCUCACUUUCCUGCAGGGUCUCUCCCUGGGGGUUUGUUAUCUGAAGCCUUCUGUUCAUUUGUGUAGAGCAUAGGGUCAGUGUGUUUUGCUGUUUUGCUCAGUAUUCCACAUUCACAGUGCUGGGUGUCAGCACUGCUGUUUUCAGUACAUUUCCAUCAUUCCGUUAGAGAACUCUGCACCAGAAGCUGUAGUUCUUCAGAUGCCUUUGUUCCAGGUCUGUUGUGUGAGACCCUGGAGUGGGCCAAAGGGAACAGAGAGAUGUCAGUCGGUCUGCUUUCGGGGAAUCUUAGGAACAUCCUUGUAACCAGCCAGUGUACCAAGAGUACUUAAGGUCAGAGAGACUGCAGAUUUCAGUGUAAACGGGAGAAGAAGGAAUCAUGCAAGAAGGAGCAUCUUGAACUGGGCAUGGUGGCCCAACACUUGGGAGGCAGGGACAAGUGGAUCUC